AUGGCAAGCUCAGGCAUGUAUUCUAAUCGGGGACCAAAGAUUCACAUAAAAUACGACUUUAGAUCCGACACUGUCACCGUCCCAACUGACGCAAUGAAAGCUGCCAUGAUCCAGGCCCCUGUAGGCGAUGAUGUCUUUGGCGAGGACGAAUCUGUAAAGGCUCUAGAAGCGCAUGUCGCAAAACUGACUGGAUUUCCUUCGGCCUUGUUUAUUUGUCUACGAACACACUUGUUGCAACCUCCCCAUACAAUUAUUGCUGAUUCAAGAUCUCACAUACUAAACUAUGAAGCUGCCGGUACCGCUCUCCAUUCUCAAGCUCAAGUCACUCCGGUCUCUCCAUUACCAGGCUUCAACUAUCUAACUGCUGCUGCUAUUCAGCCACAUCUCGUUGUUGAUGACGACGUUCACCACGCUCCUACUCGUGUCAUUGAAUUGGAAAAUACUCUUGGUGGUGAAGUAAUGCCACUCGAAGCAAUGAGAGAAAUUCGGGCUUUGGCCAAUAAGCACAACAUCAAGGUCCAUCUCGACGGAGCACGAUUAUGGAAUGCUUGUGUCGCAAGCGGUCUUACGCUCAAGGACUAUUGCUCAUUAUGUGACAGUGUAUCGCUGUGCUUAUCAAAGGGUUUGGGCGCUCCAGUUGGGUCUGUAUUGGUUGGCUCGACGCCGUUUGUGAAUAAAGCACGGCACUUCAGGAAAUUAUUUGGGGGUGGUAUGAGACAGAUAGGUAUGCUAGGAGCUGCAGGACUGUUUGCCAUAGAGCAUCAUUGGCCUCAGAUGAAGGGCGUCCACGAGAAUGCUCAAUAUCUAGCAUCGCAGCUAUCAAAGCUUGGAUUCAAAGUAAGUCGAAAAACCGAGACCAACAUGGUCUGGUUUGAAGAAGGGGCGACUGGCGUCGGCAUUGACGACAUUCAAAACGCUGCCAGUGAGAAGGGUAUAGCCAUGCUGGGAGCCCGUGGGACAGAAUGUAGACUUGUGCUGCAUCAUCAAGUGCCAAGGGAAGCUAUUGAGUCUUUGCUAGAUCCAUCCAACAAUUUGAAGGCAGGAAUCGUUGGUUUGCCAAACGUUGGCAAAUCUUCUUUUUUCAAUGCUCUCACCAACAGCUCGGUUCCUGCUGAAAACUUUCCAUAUUGUACUAUUGAUCCAGCAGAAUCACGAGUAGCUGUACCAGAUCCUAGAUUUGACUGGCUCUGUGAACACUACAAGCCUGCCUCAAAGGUCCCAGCUUGGUUGACCGUAUUUGAUAUUGCUGGUUUGACCAAAGGUGCACACGAAGGUCAAGGACUGGGUAACGCCUUCUUGUCGCAUAUUCGAGCUGUAGAUGGUAUCUUGCACUUGACUCGUGCAUUCGAAGACUCGGAUAUCGUUCACGUCGAAGGUGAAAUCGAUCCCGUCAGAGACUUGGCCAUUAUACACGAAGAAUUACGGCUCAAAGACGAAGAACAAUUGAACAAACUGGUCUCUUCCAAAAAGGGUGAAGUCAAUCGUCUUGGAUCAGGAGGGUCAGUAGCAGACAAGGCCAAAAAGGAAGAAUUUGAAAUCUUGAGUAAAAUUCAUAAAUGGGUGACUGAAGAAAAGAAAGAUGUUCGACAAGGAACAUGGAAUAAUAAGGAAAUCGAAGUCAUCAACCCAUUGCAACUCCUUACUGCCAAGCCCGUUGUAUACCUCUGUAAUUUGUCGGAACGCGAUUAUUCUCGAAAAAAGAACAAGUGGUUGCCAAAGAUUAAAGGCUAUAUCGACGCCAACUAUCCUGGUGACGUGCUCAUUCCUUACUCUGGUAUACUCGAAAUGAAGUUGGCUGCUAUGGAAACACCAGAAGAGAAGCAAGCAUACUUGACAGAAUUGACUGCCAAAUAUGAAGCACCCGCACCAGUGCAAUCUGCUCUAAGCAAAAUCAUCAUUACUGGUUACCAAGCUCUACAAUUGAUAUACUUCUUCACCGCUGGACCAGAUGAGGUUCGAGCAUGGACGAUUCGAAAACAAACCAAGGCACCUCAAGCAGCCGGAACUAUACACACUGACUUUGAAAAGACAUUUAUUCAAGCCGAAGUGAUGAAAUAUGACGAUCUUAAAGAGCUGGGUAAUGAAGCAGCAGUACGAGCAGGUGGAAAAUAUUUGAUGAAGGGCAGAGAAUAUGUUGUCGACGAUGGCGACAUCAUGUACUUUAAAGCUGGUGACGCUAAAAAGAAAUAA